UGGCGUGCGGGCGUGUUGCUGAGCCGGAAAAUGCGCGCGUAAACCGUGAUAGAUGUGUGUGAAAAUUGUGGCCCGCAACGGGAAAAUUGGCAGAGCAAACCAGCAAGUGUGUAGCGUGCCAUGUGCCUGUGUUUGUGGAGUGCGUGAAUGAAGUGGCACGGUAUCGUAGCGGAAAUCGUUUGCUGGCCCAUCGACUGGCCAGCCAGUGCGGGUGCGCUGUGCUGUUGCGGUCGUGGAUGAUGCGGCUGGAGCUGGCGGUGCCAGGAGCACAGUUCCCGGGCCAUAAUUGUCGGUUGAAUGACUCUCGAUGCGAUAGCAAUAACAGCAAUAACAGCAAAAUCAGCUGCUCCGGCAAGCAUAAUAUUCAUCACGCUCGUUCCAUUUGACGGCGAGAAGGAGGAGCCAACGGAGCAGCAACAACGAACAAUUGCCAACAGCACCACCGCUAAAUUUUGGACACAAUCAUAAAUGCGACAUGUUAGCAAGGGCAAAGCGAACGGAAAACACACAACAGGAACAACAGCAACAACAACAAGAACAACUAUCGUCAGCAAUAUUUAAUAAAACUACAAAAAGGAAAGGGCGACCGACGGCAGCAGAAUUAGCUGGGGGAAAAGAUGGUUCUCAGCACCGAAUGGUCGCAGGUGGAGGUCAUCGAUCUGAUCAACGAUGGCAACGGUUUGGGCUUCAUCCUCGUGGGCGGUCGCAGUACCGGUGUGGUGAUCAAGGCCCUAACGCCCGGGGGCGUGGCCGAGCGGGAUGGCCGACUGCAGCUGGGCGAUCAUCUGCUGCAGAUCGGCGAGGUCAAUCUGCGGGGCUUCAGCUCGGAGCAGGUGGCAACAGUUCUUCGUCAGACCGGAGCUCAGGUGCGUCUGAUAGUGGCGCGGCCGGUGGAGCCGACGGCCAUCGAUUACCAAACGCUGGCCUGUCAGGCGCCGAUUAUACCAACUAAGCUCCUCUCCGACCCGGAAGAACUGUCGCGUCAUCUCUUCCAGAAUCCGAGUUUUGCAACUGCUGCCGUAGCAGCCGCAGCAGCAGCGGCAGCAGCAGCGGGCUCCGGCAGCGACGGCGAUGUCGGCGGCGGCGGCGUCUUGGAUGUGGCCAGCUUGGUUGGUCUGGUGCGCGGCGGUCCCGCCGAGGGUACGGAGCUAUCUGCCGUGGAACCGCAACCAAGUGCGGCGGUGCUUCAGCUUCAACAACUAUCCGAGCUGGCCGGCGAUCUGGCUGACUUCCCACUGCCUCCAAUUCCGGGUGGUGGAGGCCACUCGAUGGUCACGGACUCCAAUGCUGGCCAACGCCCCUGCCCGCGUCUGGAUCUGGAUAUAGUGCCCUUCUCGAUACUAUCGCCGCCGCCACGUCCCGCCCUGCAGAUGCUGCCCCUGGAGACCCAAUGGCGAUGCGUUCAGGAUCAGAACCGGCACAUUGAGACUGUGAUAGCCGACAGCAAACGCAAGCUGUUGGCCAACGAAGAUGGCGGAUCCGCUUCGGCGUCGGGUUCCGGUUCCCCCGACUCCUACAUGGACUCCCCGGAAACGGAAACGUACGUGGUGGAGCUGCACAAGAAUGUCUACGGCCUGGGUAUCACCGUGGCCGGAUAUGUAUGCGAGGAGGAGGAUCUAUCGGGGAUAUUCGUGAAGAGCAUAAUUGAGGGAAGUGCAGCAGAGACAAGUGGUCAAAUCCAGAUCAAUGAUCGCAUUGUAGCCGUGGAUGGCAGAUCCCUAUCCGGCGUAACCAACCAUCAGGCGGUGGAACUGCUCAGGAACACCGACAUAGUGGUUCAUCUGACUCUGGAACGAUUCCUCAGAGGCAGAAAGUAUGAGCACUUGCAAGUGGCCCUUACCGAAAUCAAAGGAACAUCUGCUCCCUCCGGCCUAGAUAGGAGUCAAGAUAAAGACCAGGACCAGGAGUCGCAGCUAUCCAUGCCUGGGUCCCCGUCGAUAGCCACGUUAAGUUGGCUGCCACCCAAGUCACUGGAUGCCGAUUCCAUAGCCACCGAAGGCGAUGAGGCCGUGGAUGCAGAGUAUGUUGGCAUUUCGGGAGCCGAGGAUGAGUUCAUUGAGCUCCCAUCCCGGGACACAGUCGAAUCGAAUAUGUCGCACGUGCUGGACCGCAGUGAUCACAGUGGAGGCCUCACUAAGGAUCAGGUGCCCAGGAUCAGUCCGAUAGUGCCUCUAACGAAUGGGCGCAGCCUAAUCCUGGCCGAUGACAGUGGCAAUGACACCGAUGAGCAGUGUGCUGAGCCGGAAACGGAAACGGCACAGGCCCGCAAAGGGUCAAAGCCGGAGACGGAGAGGGUCAAAGACCUGGGGGAUACGAAAACGGAUACCGAUCCCGAUCCUGAUCUCGAUCCUGGCCAGAUGCCAACGCCCACGAAUGAGGCACCUGUGAAAGCGGCCAGCCCGACGGCCGCCUCGCUGCGCGUGGCCUGGAAAAGGAUCAGCCUUGAAGGCACUGUGGAUGUGGAGUGCGGCAUUGAGAAGCGUCCGCAUCACUAUAUACGCUCGAUACUGGCCGACGGGCCGGUGGGGCGACAGGGCAUCUUGCGGCCGGGAGAUGAGCUCCUCCAGGUGAACGAGCACAAGCUCCAGGGAUUGCGACACAUCGAGGUGGUUAAGAUCCUCAAGGAACUGCCCGCCAGGGUUAAGUUGGUCUGCGCCCGCGGCACUCACGUUCCGUCGGUCAUAAAUACCUCGCAAAAUCCGGAGGCCUUUGAGACUCGUAGCCUCUUACCCGGUGGCCACCAGAGUCUCCAGAAUCUGCUGAGCAAGGCCCAGUCGGAGAGCUCGCUCUACACGUCCAGCACGGCGACUUUAACGGAUGCGGGAGCAGCGGCUGGAGGAUCGGGGGGCACUGCAGGUGGAGGAGCUCGCUCCAAGUCACUAGAAAACGUUUCCGGCUUGGCUCUGUGGAGCUGCGAAGUGACCGCCGUCGAUAUAGAGAAAACGGAACAGGGCUUCGGCUUCUCCAUUCUAGACUACCAGGAUCCGCUGGACUCCGAGGGCAGUGUCAUCGUCAUUCGCGGCCUGAUACGCGGUGGUGCUGCGGAGGCAACCAACGAGAUUUAUCCGGGCGAUCGCCUUAUGAGCGUCGGCGAUCGCCUGCUUCAGGGCCUCGAGCUGGACGAGGCGGUGUCCAUUCUGAAGGCCAUGCCGCCUGGACUCACGCGGCUGGGCAUCUGCCGACCCCUCUCCGCCUCGGAUAGCAAUAGCAACAGCAACAUAGCCUCGCCGCUGGGCGAUUCGACCAGCACAUAGUGGCAGCCCCUUCCCGACGGCCAUCAGGAGUCGGCGGCAGGACUGCAAGCGGAAAUGGCAAGGCCACCGGAAGCGGAAACGGAACAGGAACUGGAGCAGUUUACACUGUAUUUUAUGACCCUUAUAUCGGCCUUGUGAAUGCAUCGCACCACCAGCAGCCCCACAUUGAAAACCUAAAGCAACCAAAUGGAGAAGUCUGCGGCAUAAAUCCAGCGAAUCUGGACAUUAGAACAAUUUGUACAUAGUAUAAUAACCAAAUCCGCACAUUGACCGAUUGGAUUAACUCCACACACGACCUAGGUUUGAAUUGAUGGCCCAAAAACCCCGAAAACUGAAUACUAAAAGUGCAUAAAUAAAUAAAUUGAACGGCACGCAACGAUUCUAAAAAUAUCACAAAUUGUUGUAUCAAUAAAUUAUUAAUAACAAAAGCUUACAACAUCAAAUAGAGUUGAACAUCAACGGAAAUUCGUAAAAAAAAAACCCACGAAAUUCCAAGCGAACGAGGAGUGGCGAAUUCGGAAUUUAUUCAUACACACAAAUAUUGCAAAACAUUUUUCCAGUUUAGUAUGCAUAUGUCGAGGUGGCCAUGAUGGCAAUAAUGAUAGCUCUCCCUGGUAGUUUCCACAUAUCCACCCGAAUGCCAGAAGAACCACACCCCCGCCCACCUUAGGAAACCGCUGUAAAUAUUCCAGAGAUUAUUUUUAUUGUCCUUUUCAACUUUGCGUAGCAUAAAUUUACAAUUUCUAGCUUGUAAAUCAUUUAUACAUACCAAUAAUAUACUUAAAUAGGUAGGGCUAGGUCGGGGGGCGGCUGUGUCGAUGGGCGUGGCAGCUCUGCGUAGAUAACUCGCUAACAUCCUCAAGAAUUCGCGGACAUUUCAUUCGAACUGUAUAGGAAAUGAGAGUUGCAGCAAGGCACAGAUUUUGUGGAUUAGUUGUGCAUAUAUAUUACAUAUACCUAUUAUAGAUACUGCAAAUUCUAUGCCUAUGAAUAAUAUAUAUAUUUACAAUUGACGACCAAGCAAAAGUAAAACUUUAACUUUAGUAACAAGUCAACACACACACGAACUACACAAUUGAACGAAACACACACACACACAAACUGAACUAAAGUAGAUCGAAAAUAAAGACAUUCAUAGAGAAUAUACACAUUAAAACAAAAGCUUAUUAGUGAUACUAAUUUUAAAUGGACAAACAAGAAAGCAAAUGAUUAAUGAAAGAAAGAAAAAAACAAACUAUAAUUGAUAAUUCUAGCGAACCGUAAAAUGUUUAAAUUGUUAAUAAAUUUGUGUUGAUCGAUUCUAUGUUAUCAAGCUGAAUUCAAUUUCAUGUGUAUAUAAAGUUAUAAAUCACAUCAACAAGAUGCUUGAGCUAUCUUAAAAAAUAACUGAACGAUUAGAUUAGGAUAAAAACACAUGCAGUGGGUUUUAAAACUACAAUAUCUGUUAGUAAUAAUUCCAAUUGAUUUAUCAUUAAUUUGUGUUCUGUUAGUCCUGAUAGAACAAGUGCUUGUAAUGCCAUUAAAAGUCAUACUUCUCUUUGAAUAUUUUUUCUAUUGAUUUUUUCCAAAUUUGUUAUCCCUUGCUAAUUUUAAUCGACUUGUAGUUAUAAAACGCACUGUCCAUUCGUAUACCGAUUUUCACAAAGACAUAGAGCGGCAUUAAACUCAUGCACUUUGGCUUAUGAGUUUUUCUAUAUUUUGCAGAUGUAAUGAGAAAAAGUUCCACGCAAGUCAAACAAAAUAUGCAGAUACAUUAUCUAUCUAUCUAUCACGCAACCACACUAACACACAGAAAAACACCAGACACACACACACACAUAUACACGUAUGUAAGAACACGCACAUCAAUGCAAGAAUCAUAAUAUCUGAAACAAACUUACCAAUUAGCAUUACAAACUAAUGAAACAACUCUUUCGAGCGAAAACCAACUAUCAACAAAAAUCGACUAAAACUACACAUAAUGUAACAAUGAAACACAAUCGAAUCGAAUCGAAUUGAAACACGUGAC